CUGGAGCUUGAUCGAGCCCGACGGGGGGAAGCUGGUGGACCUGGUGGUGGCGGAGGGGGCGGCGAGGGAGGCGAAGCGGAGGGAGGCGGAGGCGUGCCCUAGGGUUAGGCUUAACAGGGUCGACGUGGAGUGGGUGCACGUGCUCAGCGAGGGGUGGGCGAGCCCUCUCCGGGGAUUCAUGAGGGAAGCCGAGUUCCUCCAAACGCUUCAUUUCAACUCCCUCCGCCUCGCGGACGGGUCCCUCGUAAACAUGUCCGUGCCCAUCGUCCUCGCCAUCGACGACGCCCAGAAGCGCGCCAUCGGCGACCGCCGCAAGGUCGCCCUCGUCGACCCCAACACCAAUAAGCCCAUCGCCAUCUUAAGCGACAUGGAGAUCUACCAUCACAAUAAAGAGGAAAGAAUCGCAAGAACAUGGGGAACAACCGCUCCUGGACUACCAUAUGUUGAAGAAGCUAUCACCAAUGCUGGAAACUGGUUGAUCGGUGGGGACUUGGAAGUAAUUGAGCCGAUCAAGUACAAUGAUGGUCUUGAUCAGUAUCGGUUGUCACCUGCACAACUACGCGAAGAGUUCUCCAGGCGCAAGGCUGAUGCUGUAUUUGCUUUCCAGCUACGGAAUCCUGUACACAAUGGCCAUGCUUUGCUCAUGACUGAUACACGUAGGCGCCUUCUCAAAAUGGGCUACAAAAACCCCAUUUUGUUACUUCAUCCCUUGGGAGGCUACACCAAGGCUGAUGAUGUGCCUCUUUGUUGGAGAAUGAAGCAACAUGAGAAGGUUCUGGAGGAUGGUGUUCUUAAUCCAGAGACAACAGUUAUUUCAAUAUUUCCUUCUCCGAUGCAUUAUGCUGGCCCAACUGAGGUGCAAUGGCAUGCAAAGGCGCGCAUAAAUGCUGGUGCAAACUUCUACAUUGUAGGAAGAGACCCAGCUGGUAUGAGCCACCCUGUUGAAAAAAGAGAUCUCUAUGAUGCUGAUCACGGGAAAAAGGUAUUAAGUAUGGCUCCUGGACUUGAAAGGCUCAACAUCCUACCCUUCAAGGUGGCUGCGUACGACAAAAAACAGAGGAAGAUGAAUUUCUUUGAGCCAUCAAGGAAAGACGAUUUUCUCUUCAUCUCCGGUACAAAGAUGCGAACUCUAGCAAGAAAUAGAGAAAACCCCCCUGAUGGCUUUAUGUGCCCGAGUGGUUGGGAAGUACUCGUCAAAUACUAUGACAACUUGGCUCCGGGCCACAAGGUGAGAGAAACCGUCCCUGCUUGAAACUUGUACAGCUCUUGGGACUGCUGCAGCUUGAAAACAAUAAAUCCAGUACGUUUACAAGAUGAGCCGACCAAAUAAACUUGUAUCUACAUGCGGCAUAACUGAUGAUUUGUAAUUUGUGUGUCAAGAGGACCUGUCUGUAUCUGUCACAGGUGAUGAUUGUGCUGCCGCAGCACAUUUUGCUAUUGUUGUUGUACAUAAUAGUAUGUGUGCUUGUGGGAUCUCAAAUA